ACCCGCACCAGACUGAAUGCAUCAAAUGACCCAGCGUCUAGUGCCUACCGAGACGGCAUGGCCCGGUACAAACUCUUCAUCAGCCCCUUUGCCAAAGUCUUCCUGGGCGCCGUCUUCACCUUCCAGGUUCUCCAUUGGACGUGGUUGAAGCUUGAGAUGGACGAAUCCAAGUACGAGAAGAAUAAGGAAGUCACUGCUCUUGAGGAAAAGGCUCGAGAAUUGACAGGCACGCAGAAAAAGAUGUAAAUGCUUGCAUGCUUGAGUAUUCGGGUCUCGACUGGAUCUAUUGGAAUAGUUAAUGGCGCCGUGUUCCUUGCUAUCGAUUGUACUCUAUCCACCUGCAUCUGCCAUUGUAUAUACCCCAUGCAUCAAUGUCGC